AUGAUCAAGCUUGUUUUGAAGAGAUGGAGGAAUCUCAGAUUAGCAACAAAGGUUCAUCAUCUUUUUGUAAUUGUGGUUGUCCUUCUCCUUAUUGCCCUGGUUAUCUUGAAUAAUCGGACUGGCCGACCCCCCGCUUGGGUCCUGGGAACUGUGUUGGGUGCAUGUGUGUGCUUAUCAGGCUUAUACUGGCUGGCAAGAUACAUUCAAGCAAAGAGAAUCCCAGAUCACCAGGAAGAGUCAUUCUUUCCUAUUGAAGAACGAAUGGCCAGCUGUUCAUCCGUAGCAGGACUGUUCCCUCAAUCUAUCCUAUCAAUGGACUCAUUACAAAGAGCUCAAUCUAUAACCAGUGCACCUCCACCAGCCUACAAAACCUCGAUAUCCAUUCCACCCUCCUAUAGAUCCUCAGCUUCAUCUUUUAAGCCAAUCAGUCCACAUCACUAA